AUGGGCUCCAAUCAAAUCCGGGCUCUGUACCAGCAAGAUGAGUGCGAACUGGAUAUCCUCUCAUGGCAACAACCCGUCGGUAUAGACCACUCCUAUGUCGACCAGUCAGCCAACUACCAGGGUCAGACAUUGCCUAGUUACAUGCCGCAUAGCACUGGAGGAAUGCUCAACGGCUAUAGCAACGUAUGGGACAGCCUGCCUUCGGAUCCUAGUGGCAUACCCACCGAGGUCUUUGAAGACCAAAGUUGCAACUUAAACCAAGCUACGUACGGUUUCGUCCUCCCAGCCCAAGACAUAGCCACGAAAAUGCCCCGGUCAACAGAAGCAAUGACCACACCUUAUACAGACGCACACUGCAUCCUCCCAGGCGGCCUCUCAGGCAUAACCCCAGUCACACACGCAAAGGUCUGGAACUUCGGAUUUGCAAUCUCCCCAGAAGUUCCAAUGGCUAUCCAGAGCAAAGGUCUUACAGCAUCAGCCCCUCGGAACGAAUUAAGUCACUGGACUCAGAUAAAGGAAUACCCGACCUCAUCCCCAGAAGACCCAACACCUCCGAUAUAUGACUAG